AUAUAUAAUUAAUUUCAAUUCAUUUGAAAGUUAAAAAUUUAUGUUUAAGAAGUAGAUUUCUCUUUAAAAUGUUAAAUAAGUUUCGUAGUAUUUGUCGUUAACUUUCACAUCUUAAUCGUGCAACCAACCAAAAUGACUACUAAGAAAAGUGAGGUCGUCGUCGUCGUCGAGGAUUAUGAUUACGAGUCCUUGCAAACAAAUAACGUUGGGGCUCACAUGCUCGCCGGAGCUGCUGCCGGAAUACUGGAACACUGCGUUAUGUACCCCAUCGACAGUGUCAAGACCAGAAUGCAAAUAUUAACACCAGAUCCCAGGGCAAGAUACAAAGGUAUGCUGGAUGCAUUCCGAAUAAUAUCGAAAGAUGAAAGUUUCUGGGCAACGAUGCGGGGCAUAGAUGUGACGGCGUACGGUUCAGGGCCAGCUCAUGCUGUGUACUUUGCUUGUUACGAAUACAUCAAACAUUAUCUGCGGAGGAAAGAUGAGAGCAAUCACCUAGCACAUGCCAUUGCUGGGGUUGGAGCCACAAUAGCCCAUGAUUUGGUGUACAACCCAUUUGAAGUGAUAAAGCAACGCAUGCAAGUUUUUGGCAGUCCUUACAAAAACUGGUGGACCUGCGCAAACACAGUUUUCAAAACAGAAGGUUGGGGAGCCUUCUACAGAAGUUUUGGGACUCAGCUGCUGAUGAAUGCACCUUAUCAGAGUCUACAUUUCGUCGUCUACGAGUUUGCUCAGGAUAAAUUGAACCAGGAUAGAGAGUACAAACCUCUGUCUCAUGUGAUAUCAGGUGGGUCGGCUGGGGCUGUCGCUGCUGCUGCAACCACUCCAUUUGACGUCAUGAAGACACUGCUGAACACACACAAGCAACAACUCUAUAUGAGUGAAAUCAACAACAACAACAUCAAUAGCGUCAACAACAACACUGCGAACUAUCAGAACAUUAAUUAUACUAGAUGCAAUGAUUCAAAAAAUGAAAAAGGUUUGCAUGCAAAUUCAAGUAAGCCCGGUCCAAACAACAAUAUUAAUAUUGUUCCUUCAUCUGUACAGACACCCAACAACCCCAAACGAAUAAAAGGGAUCAUAGGUGCAGCCAGAGAGGUCUACCAACUAGGAGGUUUUAGGGGUUUUUUUGCUGGAACCGUUCCACGAGUUUUCUAUCAGAUUCCUUCCACUGCAAUUGCAUGGAGUACUUAUGAAUUUUUUAAAUUUAUCAUUGUUAGUCAUGAUACGGACCCGUGAAUGAUUUAUUAGGCUUGAAUUCAUUUUAAAGUUUAAUUUUGUUGCUAAGUUAUAUUUAAAUUAUAGUAUACAAAUUUUGUGAUUAUUGUUUCCAUUAAUCAUGCUUACGUUGUUACAAUCUUGUUUGGUCUUUGAAUUUUAUUCUUUCAACAUACUAAUUGAGGAAAUGUACAUUUUGACUUGUUUUAUUCCUUUUAGGAUCAUGCACUAAGAUAAUAAUUGUUGUAACUGAGCGGUCUUUAGUAAGCUUUUUAUUUCAUUGUCAUUUCUGAACGAUCGUCAUCUAUUUUAACUGUUUUUAUUACCACUAGUUACAUUACAUUCAUAUGAUUUGGACAUGAAACAGUUUUAUGUAUAUAUUUAUAUAUUGAAAAUUUAACAAAAAAUACUGGUGAUUUUUGUGGAAUAUUU